AUGGGCUCGUCACAGCAAGCAGCCAGGGCAUUUCCGCCUGGCAUCCAUGUGCCCAGUCUCACCUGGUUCACCAACGGCGCCUCUCAAGAAGUAGACUGGGAGUUACAAGAGAGACACUUGACCUUCCUCAUUGGCUCCGGUCUUCAUGGCAUUGUCAUCGCGGGCACCAACGGCGAAGCCGUGACGUUGACUCAAGAUGAAAAGCUUAAGCUCAUCACCAUGACACGCCGCGUUGCUACUCGAGCUGGAAGACCGGACAUCCCCAUCACUGUUGGAUGCUCUGGGCAGUGCACACGAGAUGUCAUUGCAGAAACGAAACUGGCCAAAGAAGCGGGCGCAGAUUUCGUGCUGAUGCUUGUGCCUAGCUAUUUUCAUUUUGCAAUGACCAAGGACAGUAUCGUCGCAUUCUUCGAAGAAGCAGCCGAUGCGAGCCCGGUUCCUGUCGUGAUAUACAACUAUCCUACUGUUGUCGCCGGACUCGAUGUCGACUCGGAAAUGCUCGAUCGCUUGGCCAAGCAUCCGAACAUUGUCGGUGUGAAGCUCACAUGUGGCGGCAUUGCCAAGGUUUCCCGGAUUGCUGCCUCAUAUACUCCAGACAAAUUUAGUGCCCUUGCUGGUCAGAGCGACUGGCUGGUGCCGGCUUUAUCUGUCGGAGGUACUGGUACCAUUACUGGUGUAGCGAACCUCUAUCCCAAGACAUGUAUACAAAUCUACAAACUCUUUGUUGCAGGAAAGGUGAAGGAGGCUACAGCACUGCAGCUUGAGCUCGCAAAGACAGAAUGGGGCUUCGCCAAAGGCGGCAUUAACGGGACGAAAUGGGUAGUGGCGAAGCUGCGAGGCUAUCCAGAGGAGAGCUGUCACUGCCGUCGGCCGUAUCCCAGGUUUGACAACGUUGCGCAGCAGGAAUGGAUCGUUGGAGUGGUCGGAGUCCUGAAAGAGACGGAGAAGAGCAUUCCGCUGGAGACUUUAUGA